AGCGGGUAAUGCUAAUGCUGCUCCAGCAGUGGUAGCCGGGGUUAUCAGCGGGCAAUAGGCCGAUAAUACUCACCUCUGAACGGGGAAAUAACAGUUAGUAUACUGAAACGUGAAAUGUCUUUAAUGCUCCUUAACACCUGACUGGUAAAAUUCAUGAAUACAGCGCACUGGAUUAAAAGGUGUACUGAUGAUUUCUGGGAAAAUUAAAGGAUUUUAGGUGCGCUUUAUAAUAUUAAAAAUACGGUACUCUAGAAUUGUCCUGUAACGCCAAUAAAUCCAGCAGUGCAGAAAACACUUCUGGCCUCAGUGUGAUUUUUAAAUUCUAGCUUUAAACAGAGAGUUAGAACAAACUCUUCAGCCAUAGGAAUUCAGAGAGCUGUUUACUUAUAUACAAUUUUAAAAAGUGUCUCUAUUAUUCAGCGAAGAAUUUUAACUAGAUAUUGGAGCCCCCCGGCACUGCAUUCAAAGACAAGAACACUAAUAGAAUAGGUUUACUGUGAACUGUAUGCUGUAGCCAUGGAAACAGACCAGCUGGCUAUUUUUCUGCUGAACAUGUAAUCACUGAGCUUUAGCAAGGUUGCUUACCGUAGCUGGGUAAUUUAAAACCACAACUAGCAUAGGGCAUUUUGGACACUGAAAUGUGUAUAUAGUCACUGAUCAGCUACAAAACCACACUCGUUGUCAUUUGUGUCAAUCUGGCAACCUGCGUGAGCUUUGGGUAUUACUACAUUUUUUAUUUAUUUAGCAAAAAAAGUACCAAUACUGAUAUUUAAAAAUGCUUAAUGUAUUUGUCUGGAGCAGUAAUAGCCUGUAUUCAAAUGUUAUACUAUGAAAUAUGAGAUUCUAUGAAAAUGUAAUGGGAGAACAGGGCUCUUUCCUAAUGUCAAGUAAAAGACCUCAUUUCCAAGAGCACAGCCACGCACAUGUAAAUAUAUGCCUCAUAAAGUCAGCCUUCUGUCAUAGCUGUAAUUAAUUCCAGGGUAGCUUGUGGACAUUUACGGGAUUGCAUUGCAUUUUAGGACUGUCUUCCAAAUGAGAUUACUCUCGUAUUCAUAAUAUACAGCCAGCAAGCACUUAUUUGAAUGUAAAAUUAUCCUGAAAAAUGGAACUUCUCCAUUAGACGACUUCAUCACCAUAUGUCUGUGAACACAAAUUUGCAUAGCCAAGCAUUAAUCUAACUACUAUUAAUCUAAUGAUGGAUCAUUAGGAUGAGGAAAGCAUCAAUGCCUCAUGCAAUCCCCUUUCAUCAAAGUUUCUACUUCUGCCUUCUUGUGAUUUACAGUUGUGGUCUGAAUUGACAUAUUCUCAUAAUGGACACAAACAUCUUAAUAAUGUUGGCCUUUGAAUGAUUAUCAGCAUAGGGUAAACAGAAUUCAGCCAGUCUUAUACACACAGAUGCUUUUGAUACACACUGUAAAAGAACACUGACAUGUACAGUAUCUUUCUGAUAGCAUAGUAGAAAUUAGCUAGUAAAUACCUGUAGUACAUUUUAAAGUGUGCGUUCAGUAUAUUUAAUCACAAUCAUCUGUCGUUGACAGGUGACUUCACAGUGUUUAGAACCAUGCUGAGGGUUUUCUAUGGACGGGCUGUUGUGUGCUUAUUUCGUCUUCUAAAGUAGCUAAAUGCUAAUGCUAACAUUACAAUCAUCCACUGUUUUGGAUUAGCCAGGCUAGCACACAAUAAAAUCUGUUUCAUUCUAGGAUUGAUAUUUAGGGCUUUAUUGUUUUUUUUUUUUUUUAAAUGUGUAAAAUGUGUAAUACAUCUGUAAACUCUAAGUAUGUAAUGCUGUGCUAAGUAACAUUUUCUAGACUGAACCCCUAAAAACUCUCACAUAAAAUUAUCACACCAAACGGUUAUGAGUACACUGCCUGGUGUCUGAGAUAUCAGUUUACCAGAGUUUUGAUUGAUUUUGGGUCUUAAACCUGUUCUUAAAAUAAGAAACAAAUUGUGAACAAAUACACGCAGAGAUUUUAUCCAGGAUGUAAUAAAGUAAUAGUCAAGUAAAAGAUUAUAGAUCGACUAAUCUGCACACUGUGAGUGUCUGCAUACCAAUGUACCAAUGUACACAGACACACCACCCUCGCCUAUAGUCUAUAGCACAGCUGAACCUGUGAGGGCGCUGCAGAGGCAGAUUUUAUUACCACAAUAAAAGCGUUUUUUAAAGGUUAGGAAAAGAUUUAUAAAACGUUUAAGCAAGUCUGAAAUAUUUCAUUACUUCAGAGGAAUUUAUUUUAGCCAUGAAUAAAAACAUGUUACAUGCGGAACACAGGUUAUACAGUAAGAAUUUGGUCUUUAUACAGUAGUAGUGCUGUAAAAAUAACAGGAAUGUUGUUGUAAAAUGCUAGCUGUAUUCUGUUAGCUAGCUAGUCUUUAUCAGUGUCGUUAACAAGAUAUUUAAUCCAAAAAAGAGUCACUGGAAUCCUCGCUCAGCUUGUCCAGAGGUACUAUUUCCUCAAUUUACUUGUGUUUCUACAGUUGUAUUGCUUUAAAUUCUUUAAAGAUGAUAAAGGGUGUUAAUUUCUACUACUACUACUAACUUACUACUUACUGUACUGCUCACACCAACACUACCUUAAACCUGACACUCUGGUAUUAAAACUGUAUAUUAUGAACAGUCAAAUAAUAAAAUAUGCUCAUUUUUAAUAAUUCUAUAAUACCUUUUUUUUUAAAAAACAACUCUGACUUCCUGAACCUACAAAAGAACAUCCUAAAAAAAAACGAGUGACAAGGUUAGCCAAAUGGAGCUAAAUCGCUAAACUAAACUAACUAGCUAGUGCAUCAACAGACACUUGCAGUUAGCUAAUUAGCUAGCGAUACCACAGCACACACAUAAACGUUUCUCCAGCAAUGUUUCUUCCACACCUGCUCCUGCUACUCCUAACUGAUAGUGGUAUCAACCUAAUGUUGUCAGCUAAUAGAGUAUCUCAAAAUCCCCCCCCCCCCCCCCCCCCCCAAAAAAAAAAGUUAGAAUAUGCUUACUGGUAAAGGAAGGUGUUCUCCUCAAAUGUUUCUCUCUCCCAGUGCAGCGUAGCUAGCGUUGGUUAGUUAGCUAGGUAGCUUCAAAAAAAUUAAGGCAGGGAACAAAAAAAACUCUAUGUUGAAGUUCAUUUACAGAUUUUUUUUGUCAAUGUAGUUCAAGAGCUCACAAGGGAGGUUACAGUUUGGAGCUUAGCAGUCAUUCUUUCUCCUUUGUUAGGGUGAUUUAGGGAGGAUACUGUGGUUGUUGUGGUUCCACUAGUUGAGUGUUGUUCAUAUUGUUCAUAUUCCUGGUGUUUGUGCGGAGGGUGUUUAGGAGUCUCGGUUAGUGGGGCUACCACCAUUUUAAGAGAGAUUUCCCACUCUGGUAGUCAUUACAUGCUCUCGCCCUCUUCUAAACUGUUUUAAAGCUGCUAAAUUGGACUAUGGCUUAUCCUCGUUAGUCUGGACUCAGUGUUGCUGUUUCUACAAUAUAAUGUUGACAGUGCUGAUUUUUUUUUUAUGAAAUUUGGAUUUUGUAAAUUGUUCCACUUCAGAAAAAAAUAUGUCACUGAAAGCCCAACAUUGCCAUGCCCUCCAUGUGGCCAUGAUGAGUGUAUGUAAACGUCCAACCACAACUGUAUCUACCUGCACGAAAGGGGUGGGUUGUAGUCUGGCUAUGAAACUGACUGAAUUAAGCUGUUGGACAUUUUUGUCAUUCAGUGUCUGUGCCCGGUUCAGACAUUUGUGAAAUUAAAAAGGACUACACUGGCCCGGGAAUUAAAAAUGGAUGCUGAUUCAGCCAACCUAACCCUGCCCCAAAAACAAAACUGGACUACAGUUUCUGUUUUCUGCUGGAACACAAAAAUCCACUUAAUCCUGGAUACUAUUUUUAUUUUCUACAGUUUACCUGCCAACAUGGCUGUGGUUAUCGAGCUUCUGAAGAGAACAUGUAGAAACAGAAAUAAGCAGAGGUCUUCUUCAUCUUCUUCACUGUCUGAAGUCUUCCUCCUCCAUAUCAGCUCAGCCAACAUCUCCCACUGUGUCUAUCUCCUGGUGGUUCUUCUUGAGAAACUAAAACUCUUGCAGGUUAAUCUCCUCUAUAUGUACAUUUUCUACAGUCCAGGCUUUACCUCAGUGCCCUUGUUCUUAAUGGCUAUCUGUGUGGAAUGUUACCUGGCUGUCGUUUACCCGGUGUUGUACAUAGCCGCCAAGAAGUUACGUCAUCGGGGGUUGCUGUACACAAUACUAGUUUGGGUGUAUGCCUUCAUCAUGUGGCUGAUCACUAUCAUUUACAAUCUCCCCCUUUUUCACCCCAUUAACAUGCUGGCAUUCUAUGCCAUCCUUCCUGCUGUGGUGUUCUUCAACAUCGCUACACUGACGGUCUUGUACACUUCUGGCCCUGGAAACACCAAACAAACACUCAACACCACUAAAAGAAAGGCUUUCUCCACCCUUCUGAGCAUGCUGGUGGUGAUGGUGGUGUAUUACAUGCCAAUAGUUUUAUAUUACACUUACAGGUUCAUAGUACCAGCAAACCCAGAGACGCUUUCCUGUACUGAGUCACCUUGGGUGAUGUUGCUGCCAAAAAUAAGCAAGUUUGCAGCACCUUUGCUCUGUCUGUACAGCAUAGGUAAACCAAAUAACUGGGGUUGUUCAGUCAAAACUUGAAUCCUGGUCAAUAUGGUCCUGUAUUUGUAUGUUAGCUUGCACUAGUUGACUAUGGUUGUUAUGAUCAUGUAACUGGAUUCCAUUACUAGUAGUAGUAAUAGUAGUUUAAAACAACACUUUGUCACCUUGAUGAUAUUGAAUAAGAGACCACAGUUUCUGAAUCAGUUUCUCUGAUUUUGCUAUUUAUAGGUAUAUGUUUGAGUAAAAUGAACAUUGUUGUUUUAUUCUAUAAACUACUAACACAACAUUUCUCCUAAAUUCCAAAUUGUCAUUUAGAGCAUUUAUUUGCAGAAAAUGAGAAAUGGCUGAAAUAACAAUAAAGACCUUAAAUAAUGCAAAGAAAACAAGUUCAUAUUAAUAAAGAAUUAAGAGUUCACAAAUCAAUAUUUGGUGGUUUUUACACACAGUUUUCAUGCAUCUUGGCAUGUUCUCCUCCACCAGUCUUACACACUGCUUUUGGAUAACUUUAUGCCACUUCUGGUGCAAAAGUGCAAGCAGUUCUGCUUGGUUUGAUGACUUGUGAUCAUCCAUCUUCCUCUUGAUUAUAUUUCAGAGGUUUCCAAUUUGGUAAAAUCAAAGAACAUAACACGUUUAAGCAGUCUCUUUUUUUUCCAGAGCUGUGGUCUCUUGGAGCUGAGCCAAGAGACUAGGUGGUGACUAGGAUUCUGUAAUGCCACAACUGGACUGCAUUGGAUUGAAGUACCAUUUCUGACACCCUUCACUUGAAAACUCACCUCAAUAUGAGAAAAUAUAGUCUGCGGCUAGGCUCAAUCCCUAUCUUGGAAACUAAACCUUUAGGAUUUGUAAUACGUAAACACUUAAUGUCAGUACCAUUGUGGAGUGCCAAUGUGCUCUUUUGUAAACUUCAGGCAUGCAGCAACUUUGAUCUUUGAUCCUAUGAAAGCUUUUUUGGACGCAUUGGCUUUCUACUUAUCUUCUACAAGGAAUGCUUUGUUGCUCUCAGGAUUUGACAAGCGCAUUAAUGAGUUUAGGAAGUUGGAUAAUCACUAACCCCCCAACUCAUCCCAAACCAUUAGAUGGAGCACCAACCAUUAUCCCAGAGAACUGUAGUUACUGUAGUACCUUCCACUGCUCCACGGCUCAACACUGGGGGGCUUUAUAUCCUUUGGCAUGGUGCUAAUAGGUACCCUCAAAAGGUACAGAUUUUUUUUUUUUAGUAGAGGUGGCAACAAAUAUUUAGACUUAUAGCGUAUUGUAUAUAAUUUGCUGAUGCUAUUUGUGCACAUUUACAAUUGGGAGGUUGCGUUUGAUGCAUUUUGUUGUCGCGGGCUGCGUUAUCAUCUUAUGUCCUUUAUGUAACAACCUUUUCAUGUGAACCUUGUCAUAAAUAUAGAAAAUAUGAAAAUUCUUGAUCAGUGUUUGAAUGAUAAGGCCAUUAUAGGUCUAUGUACAUGUCAUUUGUAUACUCCAGAUGUAAAUAAUAGAAGAUGGGUCUCGACAAUACGAUGGUUAUGUCCUAUACUCUCACGAAAUUGUUUCUUGACUUCGCUUUUCUGCUAAUGGUGCCUGGUCUACCUAAUGGACUAAAAGGGGUGUGGCUUGAAAUUAAGUACAGAAGAACAGAGUUUAAAAGACAGUGGACUGCUGGACCCUCGCUAUCCCAGGGAUAAAUCAUGGAUGCUGAGCAAGACAAUCUGAACAAUCUGACCCAAGUUCUUAACCUGACUAACCUAUCAGCUUUUCUUUUGUGCAACACUCCUCACAUUGUAGCUUGGAUAACACUGGAGAUUAUUUUUCUACUCUUUAGUUUUCCUGCCAACAUGAUCGUCCUGCUGGAGCUUCUGAAGAGAAAAUAUAAAAAAAGAAACAUCAGGAAUGUCUCCUUUCCCACUUCACUGUUUGAAACCUUCUUCCUGCAAAUCAGCCUCAUCAACAUCUGCUACUGUGUCCACAUUGUAGUGCUUGUACUGUAUGAAUUGAGUGUUUUGAAGGUCAAUCUCUUAUACUUCAAUGUUCUGUACAGUCCAUGCUAUACGGCUGUUCCCUUGUUCUUAGUGGCCAUCUGUGUGGAUUGUUACUUAGCCGUGGUUUACCCGUUGGUGUACAUGGCAGUCAGAAACCUGCCGCAUCGUGGGCCAAUGUGUACAGCGCUAGUUUGGGCGUAUGCCUUAACCCUAUCGGUGACGACCAUCAUUUACAAAAUCUCAUAUUUCCACCCAAUCAACAUGCUGUCAGUAUAUCUCGGUCUUCCUGCUGUGGCGUUCUGCAACAUCUCUACGCUGAAGGUCUUGUACUCCGCCGGACCAGAAAAGACCAACCCAAUUCUAAACCCCGCCAAGAGAAGGGCGUUCUCCAUCCUUCUGAGCAUCCUGGUGGUGAUGGUGGUGUAUUACCUGCCCAUGGUUUUAUUCUACACGUAUAGGUUCAUAGUACCAGUAGACAGAGAGUGGAUGGUGUGUUUUGAGAUCCCCAUGGUGAUGCUGCUGAACACAGUGUGUGGGUUUUCCACACCUUUGGUAAGCCUUCAUAGUGUAGGUAAGCUGAGCACCACAUUUGGUUCAAACUGCCAGUUUAAUUUUUUUUUGUCAGCCAGAAACUUCAUUAAUUAUGUUUUUUCUUCUAAAUCAAAUCCAAACCACCUCUGAAGGUGGUUUGAAAUUCCAUCUGUUUUUGCAUUCAUUCACAAUGAGACAAACAAUGAUUUCUUCAAAUACUGAGUGAUGGAAAUGCAAUUUGAUUGAUUUAUUGAAUGAUGAUGUUUCAUCCAGUAUGUGGGGACCAUCAUUAUAUUUGACUCCAGCCAUGGGAAGUUCCCAGUUGAUGAUAAUCUAUAAUGUGGUAAUCUCAGGCUCUCUCUGGGAUUUGUACACUACUGGGUCAGCAUGAUGUCUUUAAAUCCCUGUUCUGCUGUGUUUAUGGUUUAUUUCUGUGAAGAAAUAUGGGUGAAGAUAAUAGA